AUGGCGUCUAUCUUAUCUGUGUGCACCACGACUGCUGCUGCGAUGAACGCGGUGGUGAUGAACGCUUCGCGACGAAGUUCGUCUUUGUUUUCAUCGUCAUCAUCAUCAUCAUCAUCAUCAUCAUCGAUGAGAUCUUCUUCUUUCCCUGGAACGAGUUUGAAGACGAGUUUUAAGUCGUCAUCAAAGUCUAUAAAAAUGGAGCAAAAGAGAAGAAGAAGACAUGACUCAGGACUCAUCGUCACGAACAUGGCGGCGGGGGAUAAAGUGGACGAUUUGAACAUCAAAGCGUCCGAAACGAACGUCUCGGAGACGAAAUUAGGAGGCGACGUGAGACAAAUAUUGGGCUUUAAAGGCGCGAGUACCGAGGACGUGCCGGUUUGGAAAAUUCAUAUUCAGUUGACGAAACCAGGGACGUGGGUACCUUUAAUUUGGGGAGUCAUGUGCGGUGCCGCCGCGAGCGGGCAUUACGAGUGGAAUUUAGACAACAUCGGGAAGGCGUUGUUGUGCAUGACCAUGUCCGGGCCGUUUUUAACCGGGUACACGCAAACCAUCAACGAUUGGUACGACCGAGAAAUCGACGCGAUUAACGAACCGUACAGGCCGAUUCCGAGUGGUGCGAUCAGUGAAACCGCCGUGAAAGCACAAAUUGCGGUUUUAUUGCUCGGUGGUUUGGCGUGCGGGUGGCAGCUGGAUCAGUGGUGCGAACACGAUUUCCCGGUGAUUUUCUUGUUGACAGUGUUUGGGAGUUGGGUGUCGUAUAUUUAUUCCGCGCCGCCGUUGAAGCUGAAAGCAGAAGGUUGGAAAGGAUGCUACGCGCUCGGAAGUUCGUACAUCGCGUUGCCGUGGUGGGCCGGUAUGGCUACGUUUGGUCAGUUGACGCCGGACGUGAUGGUGUUGACGGUGUUGUAUUCCAUCGCCGGUUUGGGCAUCGCCAUCGUGAACGAUUUCAAAUCCAUCGAAGGCGAUCGAGCGUUAGGUUUGCAAAGUUUACCCGUCGCAUUUGGGGUUGAAAAAGCGAAGUGGAUUACGGUUGGAACCAUCGACGCGACGCAAUUGUUCGUCGCUUUUUAUUUGAGAGGCAUUGGCGAAGAUUUUUAUUCCAACGUUUUGUUUUGCUUGAUCGCGCCGCAAAUCUUCGCGCAGUUCAAGUUCUUCUUGCCGGAUCCGAUUAAAAACGACGUGAAGUACCAAGCCGCGGCGCAACCGUUUCUGGUGUUUGGUCUUUUAGCGACGGGUUUGGCGUGGGGGCACCACGUGAACAUGCUCGCCGCGUAA